AGCUUCUUAGUUCUUGGGGAAGCUGCAGGUGUCAGGCCCGGAGGCCAUGGGGCGGCAGUGGAGGCUCGCCAUGAGGGCUGCCGAGCAGGCGGGAUGCGUGGUGAGCGCCUCCCGGGCCAAGCAGCCGGAGGCGGGGUCGUGGAGCUGCAGCGGGGUGAUCCUGAGCCGCAACCCGGGCCUGGUGCUGUGCCACGGGGGCAUCUUCCUCCCUUUUCUUCGGGCUGGCAGUGAGACCCUGGCCACUGCCGAAGCCAUAUUCCUGCCCGGCGACAGUUGUGGCGACGAUCUGCGCCUGCAAGUGCAGUGGGCGCCAACGGCUGCUGUGGGUUCCAACGGCCUCGUCGACCAGGGCCGCCCGGGGCUGUGCACGCCCCAGUGCGCCGGCCUGGAGCCUGGCCCGCCAGCCCCGCUUCACGGACGGUCCCUGCAGACCCCGCGCCGCGCCGAGCUGCUGCUGCUCCUGAGCUGCCCAGACUUUCGGGCCCACUUCGAGCGCCUCUUCGGGGACGAGGAGGCAGAGCAAUGGCGCUUUGCGAGCGUAGCGCCGGACUACGAGGCGUCAGAAGACGAGGAGGAGGAUCAGCUGCGAGCGCUGGGCUGGUUUGCGUUGCUGCGCGUGCGGCCGAGCCUGGAGGUGGCGGAGGAGCGAGGGCCUGCCAUGGCCGUGGCGUCCCUGGGGACGGUGCCCAAAGGCGCGCCGCUGCUGGCCUGUGGCUCCCCAUUCGGGGCCUUCUGCCCGGACAUCUUCCUCAACACGUUGAGCCGUGGCGUGCUUAGCAAUGCAGCCGGUCCGCUGCUACUCACUGAUGCACGCUGCCUCCCGGGCAGCGAGGGCAGUGGUGUGUUCGCAGCGGGGCCCCCGGGGACCCUUGUGGCGCUAGUGGCAGCGCCGCUGUGCUGGAAGGCCCGCGAGUGGGUGGGCCUCACGCUGCUCUGCGCCGCUGCCCCUCUCAUCCGGGCUGUGCGAACUGCGCUCGGCCACCUGCGCCCCGCAGACGCCGCCCUGGCUGCUGUCCUACCACCUGAGCUGGGCACCCCGCGAGUACUGCCCUUGCGAAGCCCCGGACCACCGUGGGCAGCCGCCGCUGUGCUGGUGGAGUGCGGUGCCGUGUGGGGCUCCGGAGUGGCCGUGGCACCCCACCUCGUGCUGACCUGCCGACAUGUGGUCCCCGGGGAGGAGUCCAGGGUCCUGGUGCGCUGUGACACCACUGAGAGUGUGACCAUCUGGGGACGCGUGGUAUUUGCCACCCAGGAGACGUCUCCCUAUGAUGUGGCCGUGGUAAGCCUGGAGGAGGCCCUGGAUGGUGUCCCCAUUCCCGUACCCACCAAGCACUUCAACGAAGGUGAGGCUGUGAGUGUGGUGGCCUACGGUGUAUUUGGCCAGGCUUGCGGGCCCUCGGUGACCUCGGGCAUCCUGUCAGCCGUGGUGCAGGUGGACGGUGCGCCUGUGAUGCUGCAGACCACGUGUGCUGUGCACGGCGGCUCCAGUGGGGGGCCUCUCUUCUCCCAGCGCUCGGGGGAGCUCCUGGGUAUCAUCGCCAGUAACACCCGAGACAACACCACAGGGGCCACCUACCCCCACCUCAACUUCAGCAUUCCCAUCACACUGCUGCAGCCAGCCCUACGGCGGUACAGUGAGACUGGCGACCUGGGCGGCUUCCAGGAGCUGGACUAUGCCACCGAGCCAAUCCAGGUGGUGUGGAGGCUGCAGCGACCCCUGAAUGAGGUCCCACGGAGCAAACUCUGAGGCCGUGUCACCAUGCCACCCCCACCACUGGGGAGAAAAGCAUUUUGUGCCAUAGGAAGUGAGACAGCAGCCUCAGGAUCCAGGGCCUUACUUGGGACAGGGCCCAUUCCCCCCAGGCACUGGGGCUCCCUUCUUGAUCCCCCACCUCUGUUCCCAGAAGGGGAGCCCUGUCCAACUGCACAAAAGCCCUGGGCCUGUGAGACACGUGCUGACCACCAAGGCAGGCAGUGCCCUGGUGUUGUGUCUGUGCCACCGAAAGCCACUGGCACAGUUGCUUCCCCGGGAAGCCGGGUUCCCGUCUGCUUCUCACUCCACGGUAGGGCUGACCGAGUGCUCGGGCUUCCACAGGCCACCUCAGCAGAGAAGCUCUGCACUGAAGACCAGAGACAUGGAGGGCGGAGACCAGCAUCCCUUGCUCUGCCAGAGCCCUGGGCCGUCUUCACAGUGCCUUCACCUCCUAAGCCUACAGCCUGGGUCUCAGGGGUCUGGGGUGGAAUGUUCGGUUGGGACUUUAGAAUAAACACAUUCUGUUGGAGGAAUUCA